AUGGCUCCUCCGAAAAUUUUACUCUGCGGCGACGUUUUGGGCCACCUCAAGCAGCUCUUUAAACGAGUCGCUUCGGUCAACAAAUCGGCGGGUCCGUUCGACGCUUUGUUCUGCGUGGGCCAGUUCUUCCCCGACUCGGCGGACCAGCUCGACGAGUUCAAUGACUACAUUGAAGGCCGGGCACAAAUUCCUCUCCCAACCUACUUCAUCGGAGACUAUGGCGUUGCUGCCACUAAGGUACUCUUGGCCGCAACGAAAGAUUCCGGGAACCAAGGCUUCAAAUUGGACGGCUUGAAGAUAUGCAACAAUCUCUACUGGUUGAAAGGCAGUGGCAAAUUUAAGCUCCAUGGGUUAUCUGUGGCGUAUUUAUCUGGUCUCCAAUGUUCGGAUGGUCAACAGUUUGGGACGUAUAGCCAGGAUGAUGUUGAUGUGUUGCGAGCGGUUGCUGAGGAGCCUGGAAUUAUUGACUUCGGGAUCACUAAUAGGGCAGCUGCAUCCGAUGUUCCUCCUGGAGCCUCUGAGCCUUUUGGCAGUGACUCUACUGUGGCAGAGUUAGUAGCCGAGAUCAAACCGCGCUAUCAUAUUGCAGGUACGAAAGGCGUGUACUAUGCACGUGAACCUUACUCCAAUGUCGAUGCUGUGCAUGUGACCCGCUUCUUGGGCCUUGCUCCGGUUGGAAACAAAGAUAAGCAGAAAUUUAUUCAUGCAAUUUCUCCUACUCCAGCAUCUACAAUGUCUACUGUUGAGAUUAGUACAAAGUCACCAACCACUACCUUAUCUCCAUACACAUAUGGGGAGAAAACAGAUCAUGCAACAGAAGCUGGAAAGAGGUCUAGCGAUAGCAUUUCUGAUUCACAGUACUGGAGAUAUGAUGUCAACCAAAAAAGGCAGAAACAUGGAGCUGGAGAUGGUAAUAGGCUGUGUUUUAAGUUUGUAUCCUCUGGCUCUUGUCCUCGAGGGGAAAAUUGCAACUUUCAGCAUGAUGUAGAUGCAAGAGAACAAUCUUUGAGGGGUGUUUGUUUCGAUUUUAUGAACAAAGGAAAAUGUGAAAGGGGUCCAGAUUGCAAAUUUAAGCACAGCUUACAAGCUGAAGGUGAGAGCAAUUCUCACCAGAGACGUGGAUCUGGAAAUGCCAACAGUAACAGGUCAACAGAGUGCUGGUUUUGUUUGUCAAGCCCCAAAGUAGAAUCACAUCUAAUUAUCAGCAUAGGGGAGCAUUACUAUUGCGCCCUUGCUAAAGGUCCGCUUGUUGAAGACCACGUAUUGCUAAUUCCUAUAGGCCAUUCACCCAACACCCUUUCUUUACCCGUAGAAUGCGAAAUUGAGCUUGGUAAAUUCCAGGAUGCUCUAAAGCAGUAUUAUAAAAAACAAGGGAAGGACGUUGUUUUCUUUGAGUGGGCUUCGAAACGUACAACUCAUGCUAAUCUUCAGGUUGUUCCUGUUCCAUCAGCCAAAUCAGCUGCUGUUCAAAAUAUAUUUAACUUAGCUGCAGAAAAGUUGAGCUUCACGUUUGAGACUAUGAAAUCUGGUAACAAUUCUGAUGGGAGGAAAAUGUUAAGGACGCAAUUCGACAGAAAUUUCAGUUUCUUCUAUGUUCAGCUCCCUGAUGGUACAAUCCUAUCUCAUUCAAUUGAGGAGAAUGAGAGAUUCCUACCCCAAUUUGGACGCGAGGUUAUAGCAGGUUUGUUGAACAAGGCUGACAGGGCUGAUUGGAGGAAUUGUACAGAUAGCAAAGAAGAGGAAGCCAAGAUGGCGGGAGAUUUCAAGAGUGGAUUUGAAGAAUUUGAUCCAAAUAAGUAA